UUCAGCAACUAUUCGCGAUUUAACAACGUUCGUGUUAACAACGUAAAAGUCAAAUUGAAAAAAGUUAUUUCAAAUUAACCUAAACUGUCAGCCUAUAAAGUUUAUUUGUCAGACUGACUGUCUGCUGCCUGACACAAGUACAUACUUUUCAAAUUCAAGUUCAAUUAUUAACGAUUUGUUGUCAUAUCCAUUCAUUUAUUCAUUAAUUUUCUUUAAAUUCGAUUUGUAACCGUAAUAGAAAUUUGAUAAAUUGAUCAUUUAUCAUUGUGGAAAAAAAUAAACUCAUCUUUAUUAAAACUCUGUGGUUUAUUUAGUGAACAUCUUAAAUAUUGGUAGUUGGUUUUUAUUGUGUUUUAUUAAAAAAAAAAAAAAAACUUACUUUCGUUUUUCAUUCAAUCAAUGUCGCUGCUGUCUCUAUUAUUAAAUAAUUGUCAAUUAUUCAUAUCAAUCUCCGCCUAAAAAAAAACUAAAAACUCAAAGUGAAAUUACAUCAAAAAACUACUAAUUUUGGCAAAUUGUAUUUAAACGCCUGUUAGCGCUUGAAGAGUUCGUUACAAAAUUGAUCGUGUAGCUUGAAUCUUAAAUUUAAAGUUUAAUUUUUUAUUAUUAUUUCUUUUUUGAAAUAAAGCACCCACCUUAUAAAUAAUAAAUACUUUCUUUUAACAUUAAACUAAAAGCUUUAAAUUAAGAAAAAAAUAACAAUAAAAAUUAAAUUUAAUUUCCGAAAAGAAACAAGUGUUUAAAAUUGUUGAAAAGAAAAAAAAUCACAAAAAAAACUAAACAAUAAAAGUCUUAUCGGCGACUUAAAUACAAAACUCACUGAACAAAAGUAAUUAAAUCUUUUGAGAAAAAUGGUUGAAAAAGUUGCAAUGUCAAAAUUUGUGGGUCUAACCGAUAUAACGGAAAACAAAAAAAUAUGGCGAAUGUUAUUCGGAGAAAUGAUAGGUACAUUUCUAUUGGUAGUAAUCGGUGUUGGCAGCUGCACCGGUGGCAGUGAUUAUUCGCCUACAGUGCCACAGAUUGCGUUUACAUUUGGUUUAACAGUAGCAACAUUGGCACAGACUUUUGGUCAUAUAAGCGGUUGUCAUAUAAAUCCAGCCGUUACCAUUAGUUUUGUAAUUGUUGGCGAAAUGAGUGUUUUGAAGGGUAUUUUCUAUAUCAUUGUACAGUGUGUGGGUGCUAUUGCUGGAGCAGCAGUUUUAAGUAUUGCCAUACCAGAGACUAUAGGUGGUAUUGGUCUUGGAGUUUCUUCUAUGACACCCACACUGGGCGAAGGUCAGGCGGUAUUGAUUGAAGCUUUAAUUACUUCUAUUUUGAUUUUAGUUGUCAAAGGUGUUUGCGAUCCCAAGCGUCAAGAUGUUAAGGGUUCAGCACCAUUGGCAAUUGGUUUGGCUAUUGUCACGGGACAUUUGUGUGCGAUUAAACUCACUGGUGCCAGUAUGAAUCCAGCUCGUUCGUUUGGACCCGCUGUGGUGCAUAGCAUGUGGACGGGACAUUAUGUUUAUUGGGUCGGGCCCAUAAUAGGCAGUAUAAUAGCCGCCAUUAUCUAUAAACUAUUUUUUCAAGUACGCAAAGGUGACGAUGAAAGUGAUUCCUAUGAUUUUUAAUUGCAUUUAAAUAGUAUAUUAAUAAUUAAAAUUUAUAUUAUUUAGUAAGUAGGUUUAUAACAGUUUUUUGUUGUUUUAAAACAAAUCUAAAAAUUCUAAUAAUAAAAUAUUUGUAAUAAAACUAAAUGUUU